AUGAAGAGUGGAGUGUCUACCUGGGCGAGGACCGCUAGACUUUCCGCCAUCUUGGAGGAUGGUACCAGGAAGGAUUACUUUUUGAAGCUAGCUUACGAACGAACCGCACAACAGUGCAUCACUGGACAAGGAGCUCGCGCCCUCGUCCAGGGUGAAUACCACUCGGCUGUCACCAUCAACCAAGCCUCUCCAGGUUUGGUGCCGGCGCCCUGUGGGUGGGGGCAAUAUGAUGUUGGUACAGACGAGACCUGCUUCUUCUACAUCUGUGAUUUUCACCAGAUGCGUUUCGACAAGGUACCGGAUCGAAAAGUCUUUGCUGAGAAAAUUGCCGAGAUGCACAAGAACGGAAAGUCUCCGACCGGCAUGUUUGGCUACCCUGUCAAGACUGUAAUUGGGAAGCUGGAACGUACCGUGACCUGGGAGGAAAGCUGGGCUGCCUGCUUUACCAAUCUGCUCGGGGAUGCUAUAAAGUACGACAAUGAUACCAAUGGCGUCUGGCCGGCAUUAGACGCUGCCUGCAAUCAGCUGAUUGGGGUUGUUAUCCCGCGUCUGCUCGGCGCCCUGCAGUCUGACGGGAGAAGCAUCGCUCCAGCGCUCGUUCACGGCGAUCUUUGGGAAAACAACGUUGGCCACGAUGAAAGCACAGGAAAGAUUGUCGUCUUUGAUCCCGGAUGCACCUAUGCUCACAACGAGAUGGAAUUUGGCACGUGGCGAUGCCGAUGGACGACGUACUUUCGAGAUGCCGAGUUCUUGCACUAUUAUAAGCGAGCGUAUACCGUCUCUGAUCCCAAGGAGGAGUGGGAUGAUCGCAAUCGUCUGUAUAGCAUCCACCCUUACUUGAUAGAUUCCGCGGGGCAUCGUGGAAGCAUCUCGAGAGAAACGUGGGUUGAGCGUAUGGUGCCAGCAGCCGACUAUGACUCUAACAUGGUAUUUAAUAGUGCAUACAAUGAUGUACUUUUUCUGUGCGAAAAGUACGGCCCGCUCGAAAGUCUGGAAAAGUAUGACCCAAGGAAGGAUGUGGCUACCAUUGUCAUCAUCUGUGGCUUGCAACAGUUGGACCCCCAGCCGCCCUCUUUGGCCUUGUAUUUAAAGCCGACCCAUCAUGUCACGACGAGCUUCUUCAAUUACUCGCCCUACAUGAGCACAACCUCAGCACCAGCGUCGCAAUGGGCAGACGCGCCCAUUGCGCUCGUGGCCACGCCGCAGCGCCUCACGGGCAAGACUGAUCUCUUCACCGCGGGCGCCACGCACAUGGCCCUCGUCCACAAUGCCCUGAUCCGCGGCUUCAACUCCAUCUACCAGCAGGCCCCCUACAUCGACGAGCAGCUCUCCCACGACUUUGUGCGGUACUCGCUGACCUGGGCCUCGUUUGUCACCUCGCACCACCACGACGAGGAGGACAAUCUCUUUGGGAAAGUGUCGGACCUGCUCGACGACGCGACCAUCUGGACCGCGACGCACAAGGAGCACGAAUCCUUCAUCGACGGCGUCGUGCAGUUCCAGACCUACCUCACGAGCCUCUCCACGGCCACCGAGCUCUCGGCCGACGAGCUGCUCCGCAUCAUGGACUCGUUCCGCGCGCCGCUCGACAACCACCUGCACAGCGAGGUCCGCACCAUUGCCGCCCUCGCCGCGCACCCCAACACCCCGGCCGAGGGCAGCGAGGAGGCCGCCGCCGCCGCCCUCGUCUUCAAGACGUGGGGCAAGAACACCGUCACAAAGGCCGGCAUGCUGGAUGUCGUCCCCUUCUUCUUCCUCAACCUCGACCGCACCUUUGAGAAUGGCCUGUGGGCGCAGUGGCCGCCCAUGCCCGGCCCCAUCCGCUGGAUCUUGACCAACGUCGUUGGCACGUACCAUGGCAGCUGGUGGCGCUUUGCCAGCUGCGGCUCGGAUGGUCGGCCAAGAGAGUUACUCGCGCUCGAGUUGCACGCUAAAAAGAGGAAACCGACGCAAAGACACACCGCGAGUCUGGCGACUUCGGCUGGCGAGAACCCUACUGCUCAUGCUGAUGAGCUGUAA